AUGCCAAGAAAAAAGUCUGCCGCAAAAAGAGCUAGAGAACAAGCAAAUAAAGAGGCUAGUGUGACUGCCCCGGAUUCUGCCAUCAAAAAAACAACUGAAAACAUUUCUACUGCGGUUGAACCGGCAAUCGAACCAAGAGAACCAUACGCUUCUAGUGAGGAGGAAGAAGAAGAAGAGGAGGAGGAGGAGGAGGAGGAAGAUGAUUACGGUGAGCUAAUAACUGAUGAAGUAGAAAACGGUAUCAAUCAAGUGCUAGAUGCUAUAAAAAAUAAUAAAACUGAUAAACUAUUGGAUCCUAAAGUAAAAUUCUUUGAAGAUCCCGAAUCUGCUGUUGCCAAGCUGGUAAAUCGCGAGGGCAAGCAUAAACCUAUUUACUUGAAGGACUAUCACCGUAUGAACAUCCUUUCUGGUGAUGCAUUAAGAGGAGAUGACGAAGAGAACGAACAUGCAACUGUCGAUGGGAAGCAAUCUUUUGUUUCCCAGCAACGCGAAGAAAAAUCUCAGCUCUUGGAUGAAAUCAAGAAUGCCUUUAGUGAUGACAAUAAUGAAGAGGACAAUGAAGAUGAAGAUGAUGGGUUCUUGAAAAGAAAGGAACCUUCUACAAAGAAAGAGGAAAAGGGAUUACCUGAUCCUUCCGGGAAUGAAGAAAACUUCUUAGAAGAAUUUGUCAAUCAACAGGCUUGGAUUCCUAAAAAGGGCGAUAAGGUGAUUUCCUUAGACUUGAACAAUAAUGGAGAGGACGAUGAAGAAUUUGAAGAUGCUGCGGAAAAAUUUGAAAAUGCCUAUAAUUUUAGAUAUGAAGAUCCAAACGCAGCAGAAAUUGUAUCAUAUGCACGUAGUCAAGCCACACUAAGAAGGUCUGACAACUCUUCUCGUAGAAGAAAAAGGGAGGAAGAAAAGAAGGUCAAGGAACAGGUUAAAACAGAAAAGGAUAAAGCCGUCCAAAAAAAGAAGACUAAGAAAUUGAACAAACUGACAGACAUCCUAGAACAAUUAACCAAAGAAUAUGGAGCUGAAAUUAAUGCUGAUAUGGUGAAAAAAAUUACCGAUACUCUAAUGAAAAACGAUUUCAAAGAGGAAGAAUGGGAUAAUGUAGUAGCGGAAUUGUUUAACGAGGAGUUUUAUAAACAGGAGGGAAAGCCCACCUGGAAUGAAGAUGACGAAAUAAUGGGUGAUUUUUAUGCUGAUGGUGACGAUCAAGGGGAAGAAGGUAUAGUGGAGGAAGAUGAAAAUGAAGAAGGUCCCAAGAGAAAGAAAAGCAAAAAAGUGGAAAAAAUACAAAAGAAAAGAGAAAAGAGAAAGGUUAAUGAAUUGGUAGAAAAUGCUUUAGAACAAAACAAGCUAGCAUUAAUAGAAGAGGUUGAAAAGGAAGAAGAAGAAAGAAAGAGUAGGAGUCGCACGAAAGAGGAGCAAGAUCUAAAGUUUCGCUAUCGUGAAGUUUCUCCUGAAAGCUUUGGUUUAACUGCAAGAGAGAUUUUCGCCGCCGAUGAUACUGAUUUAAAUGAGUUUAUUGGUUUGAAGAAGUUUGCACCUUAUCGUGCUAAAGAACUAAGAGCGAAGGAUAAGAGGAAGGUGAUGAAAGCAAGAAGAUUAAGAGAUUGGAGAAAGAAAACUUUCAAAAACGAAAGUGGGUUACCUCCAGUAGACCCAGAAACAAGUGGGAAAGAAGAUGACACAAUACUGAUACCUGUAGAAAAAGAUACUAAAAGCAAACACAAGAAAAAGCACAGCCAUAAACAUAAAGGCCACCAGAAAAAAUGA